AUGGCUCGCCAACACGCAGCCAAGAAGGCCGCACAUGCAUCUACAAAACUCACGAAAAACUCGGGUCUGAAGAAAGAGGGAAUACUAAAGAAUGCUGGUAAAAAUUCAGACCAACCACCAAAUGCAAUUGGCAAAAAGUCGGCGAGGCACGACAAUCUGCGAGAAGAUAUUCUGGCUCUAGGCGGCGAUGAUGAAGACUAUGAUUUGGUGAAAGAUGCGGACAGUGCAGAAGAAGUGUUAAACACCGGUAGCGGCAAGACAGACUCGGCGCUGUCAAAAGACCUGGCGGGGUUCAUGAAGGGACUUAAUUUCUCACAUGUGAAACCAUCAGAUGUAGUGGAGGAAUCUGAAGAGGAGGAGAGUUCGGCUGAACAGAAUUCUGAAGAGGAAACCUCAUCUGAGGCAACCUCAGAUGCAUCCGUCCAAAUAGCAGAGAAGAGAGAAGAAAAGCAGAAAAUUACCAUUCCUAAAGUAGGACCAAACUCUCGACUACUAAUCGAACCCACUCCUCAUUGGUAUACCGCCAUGCCUCCGCUUCCACCCUCAAAAAGCACACCUGCGCCUCUAUCCUCACAUGUCCUCACCACCAAGCAAUCACAUGCCUCAUCACUCCAUACAUCCGAGCUCUCGGCCUACGAGAAUGCAACCUCCGCAAAUAAACUUACCGCUUCCUCGUCUGACGCUGCUUUCCUUCAACGUAUCCUUUCUAGUGGUACGCUCAGCGACCGUCUCUCAGCACUCACGCUCCUCGCACAGAGUAGUCCAUUGUAUAAUACACGCGCGUUAGAGACAUUGCGUGGAAUGGCGCAGAAGAAGGGGAGGGAAGAGAGUUUGAAGGCGCUUCGUGCGAUUUGUGAUUGGUGGGUUGGUGGAGGCGCGCCCGAUAGGAAGCUUAAGUAUUUCAUUGAUCAGCCGAUAAAUCAUCCUGGCGUCACGGAUCGACAUCUCUUGCUUUGGCAUUUCGAAGAUUGGCUGAAGAAAUACUUUUAUGGGAUUCUUCAGAUCCUCGAGACUCUUUCUCUGGACCCUCUCCCAUACGUUCGACUACAAGCAAUAGCCCUGAUCUUCACGCUCCUUCGUGACAAGCCAGAGCAAGAGCAAAACCUUCUCCGAUUACUUGUAAACAAGCUUGGGGACUCUGAGCGUUCUGUCGCCUCACGAGCAUCAUAUCAUCUUCUACAACUUCUGCAAGCUCAUCCAUCAAUGAAAGCCGUCGUCGUACGCGAGGUAUCUUCGCUCAUCCUGAAACCCAAACUCAACAGUGCCGCGACGUCAGCGACAACAUCCUCUGGAGCAACACAUUUGAAAUUCACUACCGAAACGAAAUCUGCUCCGAAGUCCAAGACGACCAAGUCGAACGAUAAGACGGAGAAGAAGGAUUUGCAGCAGGAACAUUCGAGGUAUUACGCUGCGAUUACGUUAAAUCAGAUUAUGCUUGCAUCCACGGAGGCGGAUCGAAGUAUUGCCGUUCAGCUUAUUAACUUGUAUUUUGAGCUGUUUAAGGAAAUCCUGGGCUCGCCAGCAACGCCUCUUGAUAACGCGCCUGAUGAAGCCGUAGAGGAAGUGGAUCAUACGCGGUAUGGAAAGGAGAAGAGGAAGAGGCAGGAGCGGAAGAAGGGAAAAGAGAAAGAGAAUGGAGAUCAUGAAAAUGGAUUCGCAGAAGUAGAAGAUUCGAACUCAAGGUUGAUCUCUGCGAUUCUAACGGGUGUUAAUCGCGCAUUGCCAUUUGCGAAACUAGGGUUAGAGAAUGUCGAAUUCAGCAGACACAUCGACACGCUCUUCCUCAUCUCUCACAGGUCAACCUUCAACAUAUCUCUCCAGGCCCUCCGACUCAUCAUGCAAAUCUGUCAAUCUCUCGCCUUAUCAGCAUCACCAAAGCAAUCAAAAUCCACAUCGUCUUCCUCCACCCACGCUUUAUCCACAUCAAUCACAGACAGAUAUUACCGAGCACUCUACGCAUCCCUCUUCGACACCCGACUCAGCUCCUCAUCCAAACACGCUAUGUAUCUGAACUUACUCCUUAAGUCGUUGAAAGUGGACACGAAAGUGGAAAGAGUGAAGGCGUUUGUGAGGAGGUUUGUCCAGUUACUCGUCGGUUCGGGGAAUGGAGGUGUCGAGUUCGUUGCUGGGGGAUUGUACUUGCUUGGCGAGCUCUUUAAAGCACAGCCUACCUUGCGCAACCUAUUAGAAGAGCCGAACCCUGACAACGUUGACUCAAAUACGUACGAUCCGAAGAAACGCGACCCACAGUACGCCAACGCGGGUACUUCUCCAAUGUGGGAAUUGACUCCUCUCCUAUCACACUACCACCCCACAAUCCGUCUACACACCUCCCAACUCCUCUCAGGCACCCAACUCACCGCAAACGCUGACCUCUCACUCAACACCCUCUCGCACUUCCUCGAUCGCUUCAUCUACAAAAAUCCAAAGAAACCGAAGCCGAAAGGCUCAAGUGCGAUGCAGCCUGGUGCGCAGGAUGAUGGCACGGGUAUGAUAAGAAUCAUCAAGGGGAACCAGGUAGGAGGUGAGGAAGUUGUGAAUGAUGAGGUGUUUUGGAAAAGGGAUGUUGGAGAGGUUCCAGUUGAUCAGGUCUUCUUCCAUAAAUACUUCUCGAAGAAGAACGAGAAAGAACACGCUCAGGCUGAGAAAGUGGCGAAGCGGAAAGGCGCAGCAGGAGUCGACGAUGCAGAUGGUUCUGACGAAGACGAGGAUGAAGCAUCCGACAGAGACCUGAGCAAAUUGAUGAAAUCCGCAAAGGAAAUAUCGGAAAACGAGGAUGAUGAAGAUGAGAGUGAAGGAGAAGCAGAAAUCUGGAAGGCAAUGCAAGCAACGAACCCAGACCUCCAUCCGGAUCUCAACCCGGACGAAGACGACGACUUCUCCAUCACUGAUUCCAAUUCCGACACCGGUGCCGAUUCCGAUUCGGGUGCUGGUUCUGGAUCGGAAGCAGAGGAAGGGGCAGACAGCAGGAAAGCCGUAACCGAAGAAGAAGACGAAGACGAGGAAGACGCUCUCUCCCUCGCCGAAUCCUCCUCCGCAGAAGACCUCAUCUCGCUCUCGGACAUCAACCUACCCGAAGGGCUCAUCGAAUUCAACUCCUCAGACGACGAAGGAGAGGACGGAGGGGAAACGGGAGAAUGGGGUGGAUUCGAAUCUACACAACCCAAAAAACGAAAACACGACAAAAUGCAAGAAACCGACGAUCAGCUGAACAAGAAAAAGAAACGACGAAAACUACCCACGUUCGCGACGUACGAGGAUUACGCGCAGCUUAUCGAGGGAGAACCUGAGGAUAAUAUAUGA